UUAUGGCAUCUGAUUCCACGUGGUGACCUUGAACCCUCACCACCUCCCUUUGUGUGGCUCUUGGUCCCCUUGAGUGACCCAAAUCCCUUUCCUUUUUGCGUCCCUGCCAGCUGAGCCCUCCCCAUCCCUUUCCCCUUCCCUUCCUUGUUCUCCCCCCUUCUUCUUCUUCUCUGCUGGUGAUGCCUUCCUCCUUUCUCCCAUUCCCUUCCUUCCUCCCUUCCUUCCCUUCCGUUCCACCCCCGCAGCCCAGCCCAGGCCCUCCCUCUUUCCCUCUUCCUCCAGCUGUGCAGCUGAUCCAUGCUGCCUUUGUGUCUGACAAGGAGCAGAUGCGCCUGCCUGGCGCUGAGACCCUUCUCUGUGUCACACCGAGGGAUGCCUCCCUCCCAGAGGGUCCCUUCUUCUGGCUCUGCCCCCCAAAAGGCCCCUUCUCCUCAUCAGCAGGUCUUUUCCAGAAGUACCUGAUGGAUGCUUUCUGUGACAGAAACUGGGACAGAAGGAUCUGGAAAUAGUAGCUUCAGAACUCUUGCGAAGUCUGUCACAACGACCAAAAACAAUGGCAGAAAAAAAAGAAAAGAGUUCUAAAAAUACCGAUGUUCGACCUAAAACGAGUCGGAGCAGAAGUGCAGAUAGAAAAGAUGGAUACGUGUGGAGCGGAAAGAAACUUUCCUGGACGAAAAGGCGCGAGAGCAGUUCUGACGCUGAAACGGCAAGUAUCUCAGGGAAAUCCUCUUGUGGUUUGAGGAACCAAGAAAGGAAACACAGUUGUUCCUCGACGGAGCUGGACCUGGAACGUUCCUGCGGCCACCGAUUCCUGGGCCGCUCCCUUAAACAGAAACUGCAGGAUGCUAUGGGGCAGUGUUUCCCUAUAAAGAACUGUGGCAGUCGACAUUCUUCGGUGCUUCCGUCAAAGAGAAAAAUACAUAUCAGCGAGCUUAUGCUGGACAGGUGUCCUUUCCCACCACGAUCCGAACUAGCCUUUCGUUGGCAUUUAAUCAAACGUCACACCGCCCCUGUCAAGCAAAGAUCUGAAAGUUGGUUGAGUUUGGACUCGUUGGCAGGGGAAAGGAAGGAUGGCGAACUGAGGGAUGCUGAGAGUACAGAUGGAGGGGGCUCGGCCAUUUUGCAGGCUUGUAACGUUAGUGACAACGCUUCUUGUAGAUGUGACCCCCUGGGUGAGUCUACCAUGUUUAGGCAGCUAAAGAGCAACCGAGAGGAAAGCGACAUGGACUCCGAUGACGAAAUGAUGGUGCUUUGUACCAGCUCUAGGAAAAGAAAUAAGCCGCGAUGGGAAACCGAUGACGAGCUGAUACAGCUGGAAACGCCGCCCAAGUAUCACACCCAGAUUGAUUAUGUCCAUUGUCUCGUUCCAGACCUCCUCCAGAUCAAUAACAACCCAUGCUACUGGGGGGUGAUGGAUAAAUACGCUGCGGAAGCCCUCCUGGAUGGGAAGCCAGAAGGGACCUUCUUGUUACGGGACUCUGCUCAGGAAGAUUACUUGUUCUCGGUUAGUUUCAGGCGCUACAGCCGUUCCUUACAUGCCCGAAUUGAGCAGUGGAACCACAACUUCAGCUUCGAUGCUCACGACCCGUGCGUCUUCCAUUCCCCCGACAUCACCGGGUUGUUGGAGCAUUACAAAGACCCAAGCGCUUGUAUGUUCUUCGAGCCACUUCUCUCUACUCCGUUAAACAGGACUUUCCCCUUCUCUCUCCAACAUAUAUGCAGGACGGUUAUUUGCAACUGUACCACGUACGAUGGCAUAGAUGCCCUUCCUAUCCCUCCGUCUGUGAAGCUGUAUUUGAAAGAAUAUCAUUAUAAGUCAAAAGUCAGGGUCCUCAGGAUUGAUGUGCCAGAACAACAAGUCUAGUCAACGUUCAGUAAUGACUUUUGGGUCGUUAAAACGUUUGUGGGUUUUUUGGGUUGGUCUCCCACCCCAUUACUAUUUAUAGUUUGAUGUUUGAGUUUAAUGCUCCAAAUACGAGGGGUAUUUUUUAAGUAAGGUCCGUUUUGUUGUAGACACUAGUAGUUUGCACGCAUACC